ACAUAAAGCCAUCCAAUGGAGGGGAGAAGGUGGGUAUUCAGUGUUCAUUCAAAUUGGAGCAGGAUUUUUGGUGGGGAGAAUUCAAGUGGGAGUUUUGUGGAUUUGUUUUUGUGGGUUUUUCUCAUGGAUGAAAAUGAAAACCAGUCUAAUUCAUUUUCUUCGUUUGAUUCAAAUGAGGGCACAGAUAGCGGCAGCAGCAAUUCCUCUUCAUGGAGUAAUCUUUCAGAGGCUCAUGAUGGGCCUCUGUUUGACAUGGCUGCUCUUGCAGCCAACCUUCCCUGCAAGAGAGGGUUGUCAAGCUUUUAUGGUGGGAAAUCCCAGUCCUUUUCCUGCCUAGCAGAUGUGAAAUGUGUGGAAGAGUUGGCCAAGCCAGAGGAUUCAUAUUACAGGAAGAAGAAGUUGAAGAGCUUCCAGAGCUGUGGAUCAAGGCUUAAUAUUAGUUCAUGUGAGCCCAGAAUAUCAUCAGCUUCAAUGAUCUCUAAGAGGUCUCAGAAAACUUCUAAAUUGCUGGUGAGUAAGACGGCCAUGAAUUUUGCCAUGAGUUGCAGGCCACCGCUUUCACCUACUAAGCAUGUUUAAUAGUCAAGAAAAAUGACCGGCAUACACAAUCCAGAUUGAUAUGUGAUUUAAGCACAGGAUAGGGUUUCACUGUACAAAAUACCAGAUUAAAUUCAAAUUGUUUAUAUGAUGAGUUUUGGGGAUCUUGGCGGCUUUCAAUAGGAGGAAAAAUGAAGUUCAUUUUGAUGUCAAUUUUAAGAAUUAUUAUAGAUAAAAAUAGGUUUUACAAAGAUCCUAUAACCUACUUUUUGUAGAGGCAAAGUGUAAACAUUCAUUCACAUUACAACCUUUAACAAUGAAUCUACCUUUCUAUU